CGAAUCUCCCGCUGGUCCAAACAAAGUAGGAACAGCAUCGUCCUUCCGUGUCCUACGCUGUGCAUAUGAAUCGCUGCAAUGUUUGCCAAGCUUUGGUCCGUGAAAUGCGGUGCACACAGUACAAUACCGGCUCGAACAUCUGAAGGAACAGUGUUAACAAGAAAUGUCAACCACUGACUUCGUCGUGGUUCUGCCCUCGUCCCUGGAGAGCACAAGGCGGAUGAUGCAGCUGGUUGAAGAGAGUAAAGAUGCUGGAAUCAGAGCUGUGGUCAUGCUGGAUGAACAAGGAGAGCAGUUGGAGCGUGUAGAGGAGGGCUUGGAUCAGAUAAACUCUGAUAUGAAGGAGGCCGAGAAAAACCUGACUGACCUGGGCAAGUGCUGUGGCCUCUGCUCCUGUGAUAAACUAAAAGCCUUUGAAGGGAGCGGGGCGUACAAGGCAGUUUGGGGUGGAGGCUCCGGUCAGGAUGGCGUUAUAUCCAACCAACCACCUUCGUCUCGAGUCGUUGAUGAGAGGGAGCAAAUGAUCAUGAGUGGAGGACACAUACGGAGGGUGACUAACGAUGAUAGGGAGGUCGAGAUGGACGGGAACCUGGCUCAUGUCGGCAGCAUCCUCGGAAAUCUGAAAAGCAUGGCCCUGGACAUGGGCAACGAGAUGGACAUGCAGAACAACCAGAUUGAACGCAUACAGGGCAAGGCUAUUCUCAAUGUGUCACGCAUCGAUGCUGCGAACCAGAAAGCCAACAACCUCAUAAAACGAUAGAAGUAACACUUUUCCAUGUCACUCUUUUUUUAAAGCGUAUUUAUCCUAGUAGCAUUACUAUGUUCUGCAUGCUGUGCCAAAGUGUUGCUGCUGUUAAUACAUAGGCUACUAAACAUAGUUCUUUUUUUAAGUAGAGUUUCCUUCCUGUUAUGUUAUUGCUGUGAUUUCACUAUGGGACUUACAUUCUGUGACUCUUAGUUACAAGAUCUCAAUUUGCUCUUGUGUUUCUAUUUAUUCUCCUGAUAUUCUAUCUAGUCAUAGCUUCGCAGCAAGCCCUUUGUUGGUUGUUGUUACAUUCCCCCCGAGGUGGCUCACUCGGCAGAGAAUAAGGACGUUCUGAUGAUCCCUGUGGGGAAACUGGGUCACUGCAGCACUAUGAAGACAAAAACAAAAUGUAAACUUGUGGAAAACAGCAGCGAAGAGCAGCUCCUUGACCCAGGGCGUGUAUCACCGAAGAGCUGCCUUUUACUUCUACGGGUCAGAUAAUCAUAAGUUAAAAAACAGCUGUAUGUGUGCAGGAUAAACAAAAUACUAUCAACAAACAGCCCCUUCCCAAAUGCAACACCAUUGUAUAACACACCCCUCCCCCCUUUCUCUAGUCGAAGAUGUCCCAUAACACGUGCGUGUUGGCGCCCUCUGCAGAUGCAGUCGGGUAUUGCCCAGAGAAAGGAAACACGUAUUUGUCAUCAGACAAAGACCUUUUGCGACACCAAGCGGACAAACAUGGAACCUGCUCCUCUAAUGAUCUCUCCAUCUUCUCUCGUCUCAUGUUGAUGUAAAAUGGUGGUGAAAAAUGACGAUGAAUUGGUGUUGUCUUAUAAUGUGAUCUCAUCAAGCUUUUGCAGGCACAGUUAAAACAAUUCUGCAAAAUAAAAACUGUUUUGGGCUUUUUGCUGCAUGCUUUUCAUAUAGUCAAUAAACAUGUUUUGAUUUACUUUGUUGUAUCUCGAUUGUAUGGGUAAUUAUAAUAGGCUGUAUAAGUAUAAUAAUGUGUUUGACUUUUGAAGACUAGAAAAACAUGCAAAGCUAGAUAACUUUAUAUAUUUCUGUAUAUUGUGAUGAAAUGCUAAAACAUGUACUUAAAGAAUACUUUAUCGAAUAGAAAUGUGGCUAUGGACUCAUAUUGUCAAAUUGGAAGGAGGGGCAAGUGGUUAUCUUUGGUGGGUCAUACUACAGCUUUGUGAAGAGGAUUAAUCAUCAGU